AUGCUGAACAUCAAAUCGAUCUCAACCCUCCUCCUCCUUGCCAGCUCCUCCCUCCUCGUCGCUGCCCGCCCGGGAGAGUAUCCCACGGACAAGUACCCUACCGACAAGUACCCUACCGAUAAAUACCCUACCGAUAAAUAUCCCACCGACAAAUAUCCCACCGACAAAUAUCCCACCGACAAAUACCCUACUGACAAGUACCCCGUUGAGGACAAGCACCCUAUUGAUAAGUACCCUACUCAUAAGAAGCCCAAGCCACAGCCCGCCCCCGUCUGCGGCACCUGCAACCCUAUCUCGGGCCAGAACCACUGUGAUAUAACCACUUCCUGCAUCAACACGGGCAAGCGCUUCCACUGUGCCUGCCGGGCUGGCUACAAGGCCAGCAAGGACAACGACAACAUCAACAAGCAAUUCCGUCUGCCAUUCAAGAACUUCGAGUACCUCGUCUUCACUCCCGAGUCUACCGAGUGCAAGAUCCUUUGCGACGAUAACACGAAGCCGGCCAAUGAGCUUUGCCAAGAGGUUCCGCUUUAUCAACAAUGCGAGGCAUAAGCCGCGUUUCUCUUGUUCUUCACUCACUAGAGAAAUGGGAUCGCAUGUUUUGGGGUAUUCGGGUUUGUUUUUUCCAAGUAUUUUGAACACGUUGCUUGCUUUGUUCGUUUGUAAUGGAGGGCUAGUUGGGACAGGGGGAAGAGAGAGACAACUAAUUUUUGCGGGUCGGGGAAAGCUUCAUCUAUGUGCUCCAAAUAGGGGUUUUCGUGUUUCCUAUUGAUAGCAAUAAAUACCGAUGAAGUCGGACAUAGGGAAACAUCUUGUUGUGUGCAAAAUUAUUUUAAUACAUUGCUUAGACUCCUUUUGGUUACUUGAAUAGUUAUUAUUUAAUCUUAAAGAUGUUCACUUGUGGGCUAUAAAAUUUACAUAAAGCAAUUAUUUCUCUAUUGUUGUAUGGACAUCUUUCGAAAAGAUUGGUUCACCGCCUUUGAAACUCUUCCAUUUCAAGGGAAGCAAAGGAA